GACGUCACUGCGGCGGUUGGUUGCCGCUUCUUGCCGUUGCUUGCCGUUGCUAUUCUCGCUGACAGCAACCGGGACGUGAAGCUUUUUUCUGGCUAUCAAACUCAGGGGAACAUGCGUUCACUCGUAGGACUAAUUACGGUUGUCGCCGCAGCCAGCUUGUAUCUAUAUUCCCUGUCCUUGUACCUCCCCGCGGGACCAAGAAAGCGUUCUGUCCGGAGCGCCGAGGCUGGACAUGUGUCCGAGGAGCAACAGCAGCAGCCCGGCGACUCCUUAGACGAAGAAGAACCCAGCAGGUUAAAGUUCCCUUCAGACUUGGAGGAGCUCCGGGAACUCGCUGAACUCUUGCAGUUCUACAAGACAGAGCACACUGGAUAUGUCCUGCUCCUCUUCUGCAGUGCUUAUCUCUACAAGCAGUCCUUUGCUAUUCCUGGAUCCUCAUUCCUGAACAUUCUUGCGGGAGCUAUAUUUGGACCCUAUCAAGGACUGCUGCUUGCCUGUGUGCUCACAACUGCGGGCUCUACAAUGUGCUUCCUCCUCUCCCAAUUCUUUGGAAAACACUACAUUGUGAACCUCUUCCCAGAUAAAGUCUCCACGUUGCAGAGAAAGCCCAUCACCUUCUUUUUCUGCUCAGUCUUCAUUGGCCUCCUGCCAUACAACUUCAUCUGCGUCCAGACAGGCGUCAUGCUAUCUGAGGUGUCAUCGCUGGAUGACUUGUUCUCCUGGGAGCGGCUCCUGCAGCUGCUGGCCAUCGCCUGCAUGGCUCUGCUGCCUGGUGCCCUCAUCCGCCGCUUCAGUCAGAAGCGACUCAAACUUGGCAUCCAGUCACAGAAUGGACUCAAUAAGAAGGUCAAGUGAUCCAUCCUGGGACUGAGUUUGUUUGUUAACAUACUGAUGCCUUCUGCCCUCUAGAGCGAAUGAAACACACACACACACACACACACACACACACACACGUAAAGUGCUUUACUGUUGCAGAGCCACCUGGACAAAUCACAGUGGGAGUAUUUGAGGAGAAUUAUGUCGUACCAGAUAUUUCCGUGCCACAUGUUGGCACAGCAGUAAAUGUUUAUAGAUGUAGGAAUGUACAGUGGUGACACGAAGGGGAGGGGGGCAUUUUAAGGAAAUUUUGCUCUUGCACUCAUGUUCAGAAAGCAAGUGUUCAAAGUGCCUGUUGUGGAGUUUUGAACUCACACUUCUACCUCCAUGAGCACCAGAAAGAGAUGGUGUAAAUGUUUGUUGAUGGUUUUGUGGGGCUUUUAUGAUUUUUCUUUUUGGUUUAUACGAGUAUGUUAUGUUUUUUAUUGUUUUGACAAUCGCUUCUUGCAGUUUCAGUGUUAAUCUUUCUUUUUUGGGGGGGGGGGUCAUUUAGAGGCCAGAAUUUGACCUCUGGAAAAGAAGCGUGACCGGAUUAAAUGGCUUGUUAUAUGAGACGUGUUUAACGUGUUAUGGUGUUCUCUGGUAUUGUCUGAAAACCGAUGUGCAGUUAAUUUGGGUGACUGGAAGCUUUAAUCCUGCUAGAAAAAAAUUCUUCUUUGCAGUCUUUUUGUUGGUUUAGCAGUAAAAUGUCUUUCUUCUGAUUUGUAUAUUUUGUUUUAAUGUAUGGGUUUCAAAUUUAAUACUUGGUGAUCUUGUGCACGGUGCAAGAUGAAACAGAAUCACUGAGGAGAAGCUCCAGUGCACUCGGUGGAUGAAGGGAUUUUUUUUUUAAUGGUUUUACUUACAUUGGGCUUUUUUUCAGUGUGACUGACCUUUGGUGUGUCAGAUUGUAAGUGUUGAAAGCACCUUUAUUAGAGCGGUACAAAACCUUUGAAAUAAUAAAACGUGAAAAGUUUUCUUUCAAAUAUUCUUUAUUGCUCAGAUCCAGGUUGCUCAGCAAUACAGUUCACUCACAACUCAAAACAACAGCAUGGCUGUUACCAGAAAGGCACGGAUCCACGAGAUGUAGUAACAUUGGAUCAUAUGUCUGUCCAGUGCACAGUCACCAAUUACCUUGAGGUGUUUUUGGGACCUUUUGGCCUGUGGGAAAUGUAGGACGUGAGGGUUUGUGACCUACUGAGGAAACAAAAGGAAUCUCCCAAAUGGUGAAGAGCAGUUAAGAGUCGGAUCGAUGUAAAACCACAAAUUGAAGUAUAGUGCUAUAUGACGUGUAGUACAUACUGGAUCGCCUGCAAUAGUCUCAUGCAAGUCUUUGCAUUUUUCUCAGUUCACAAGUUAGGACGACAAAAAAACAAAACAAAACAAAAAAACCACUGCUGUGGUUCUGCACAUCUGACCAGACUUGAUCCUUCAUCACCUGAUCCAUACUUGUUUUUGUUAAUUUGGAUGGUGUUGAAUAUUCAGUCCCAUAGGCAGAACAACUUUUACCAGCACUUUUAUUUUCAGACCUGGUUACUCUGCCCACUCAUAUCUACUUUGCAUUUUCUUUUUCUUAUCCCCCCACCUCCCCCAUCCCAAUCUUAAAAUGUUUAAAAUCCUAGCUAGGACACAAUUUAACAGCAAGUAGUGAUCUAACAUGACUGGAUAUUAAAGAAUCCCAGCUACUGCUCCAGACUACAUUUAAUCAGUGUAACUGACAAGAAAACCAGAUCAACAGAAAACGAAAUAAAGCCUAAGUUAUUCAACCGCUGUGCGAUAUGACUAACAGCACUGUGCGUCCUUAGUGAUGCGAGUGUGUUUUUUCUGAUACUGAAAUUAAUGCCUAGCAACACCCUACUGAACCUAGAAACACCAAAAUCCUUGGAAGUAAAAAAGAAAGUUACUAUGAUGUUUGCAGGUUUUGCCUCAGAUUGUGGCUGAGGGGAAACCUGCUCUUCUAGUAAAGAGCCAAAAACACAAGAGAGGCGGAGGCCUGAGGAGUCCUCUGCAAUGCGAGAAAAGAACUUCAAAUCUGCUCUAGGAAAAAAAAAA